AUGUCCGAUACGGUCGUCACUCGUCCGCCUCCGAGCGCCAUUUCCCGACCCGUGAGCGAGGCGCUGCUCAACGAGAAGUGGGACCGCUGCCUCUCCAACCUCCUCGUCAAGUCCACCCUCGGCCUCGGCUUCGGCGUCGUCUUCUCCGUCCUCCUGUUCAAGCGGAGAGCAUGGCCGGCCUUUGUCGGCGUCGGCUUCGGCGCCGGUCGCGCGUACGAGGAGUGCAACUACAGCCUCAAGCAGGCCGCGCGGGACCUCAAGAAGCAAAAGGCGUAG